AUGGGCGUGGAGACGACGAAGGGCAGGAGGAGCCGAGGUGUUCGCUCCCGCAUUCUCCUGACUGCAAUCUCGUGGCUUUUCUUGCACACGGUACAUCUCUUCACCAUCCCUCACGGGCGGAUUUCACCGAGUCGGCCGGGCUGGAAGGAUUCUCGCGGGCCACAGGUGACACGCUGGCACCCUGGGCGUGGCGGAGUUGCUUCGCGCGCCAGCCCGCAGCAGGACAGUGGUGCGGAGGACUGGCUCGCCAAGAGCUGCGAGGAGGUGGCGUCCUUUGGCGAGGAGGAGGUUCUCACCUGGGCCAAGGCUGUGCUGGCGGCUGGUGGUCUCAAAGGCCCUGCGGAAAACACCAUGAAAGGCAUUGGCCGAGUGCUGAAGAUUCUCAGCGAGAACGAGGUAACCGGCAAGGCUUUGCUGCGGCUCACAGUGGAGAAGAUGAUGGCAGCGCCGUACAACAUCCCUGGCGGCCCCGCGGAAAUUCUGGCUGAGAGGAUCCAGCUGCUGAAGGAGCCCCAGGUUGAGCUCCCUCGUUUUAGCGCCACAGAUCUCUUGGACUUCGAAGACCGCUUUUUGAACAGCCGAAUCAACAACAAGGAUGAGAGGAUUCCAUCAGCACUGUUGCGCAAAGAUCCUGAUUUGCUGGCUUCUGCGAUCAUUUUGUGGCACCUUUGCCGCAUCUUCGAUGGCUACUCUGUGGAGGAAGCUGUUUUCGAGCAGUGGCUUUCGGUGACGUCUGCAGCCUUCAAUGCGACACCAGACUGCGCUUGCUUGGUGUUCCUCGAUCAGGCAGAGCUGCUUGUGAACAGCACGGUGAAUAUCUUGAUUGAUAGGCCGUCGGAGGAGUACACCUCGCUUAAGGUCCAGGAAAUACCGGCUCUGGCGCCGUUGUCACUGCAAGCCGCCAGACGGGCCAUGGCAGAGUGGGGAGGCUUGCAAUACAAGAAGAAGGAAUUCGACAACAUUCACCUCUUCUCGGCGGGGGUACCCCGGCUUCUGGAGGCGGCUUUCCAGACCUGGGGUGAGUUGGCAUCAACUGCUCAGGUUGCACUCAAUGCCAUGUCGCAGGAGUUCAGAAGCUCGUAUGCGGAUGCAGCCCCCUACUUCAAUCAGCCAGAAGUGGCUUUGGCGUUGGUUCUUUGCUCGGCGGUUCGAUGGCCUGCAGAAGGCCACCAGCUUGUGCCCGGAACCUCAGUGAGGUGGUCAGACAUCUUCAGGGCCGGAGCAGCAUUUCCAAACAACAAGUCCGUACUGGUUCCACGGCUGUGGUGGUGUGAGGAUACCAAUAUCAAAGACGCCAUCCGAAGCGAUUUGAAAGAGCUGAACAUUGACCUGGAGGGGCUCCUGCCAGAUUCCUUGCAGUUGCUCAACAGCCCAACAAGGGGUGCCACUGAAAGGGGGGAGAAGUGGGAAGAGCUGGUUGCAAAUUCCCUGGCAGCGCGGUUCCGCCUUCACUGCAUAGCAAGAAACCUGAGUGCUGAAGUCACCUGGGUCCCUUUUUUGAAGAUCUACCCUACGGAGGAUCCACAUUUGCGAGCUGUUUUGGAGCCUUUCGAAGUUUGCUGGAGUGAUGGUGUGGAAUAUCCAAGCGGCCAAGGCAAUGAAGCAACUGUCAUGAGUGACGUUGGGAAGGCCAUCAAGUCCAACCGGAAUUUUGCAACGGCUCACCACGACCUUUUGAUCCCCGUGAGAUGCAAGGCAACUGGUAAGCUCGAGUUCAUUGCUGCGCAAUGUCGUUAUGGAAAGAAAAAGGAUGCAGGCGGCCUGAAGUUGCAGGACAAGGCAAAGAAGGACGACUUUGAGGACAUGCAAAAUGUGUUGCUGCAGAUUUGCAGUGAGUCUGAAGGCUGGCAGUCCUUUACAAACGAGACAUGGGCCAGACGUCAGGAGGAGAAGAAAUACUCUCUCAUGUGGGAGCAGGGCGGACUUAAGACGGCGCCGGUGGACGUCAGCGUGGCUCCGGCGAUGGUGCCAGUGGCCGUGAUCACUGCGCAGGAGAUCGCGCCCGAGGUGUCCAGUGAUCGGUACCUCAACCUGCUCGACCAGGCAGAAGUGGAAGCAUUCUGGCAAGAAGCGGGCGUGCGCGGUGGGAGUGAGGAUCCCGUCUUCCAGAUAGAUUGGGCUGCCGCAAGGAAGGACAUUGUCGACCACCCAAGUAUCAAGAAGCUUUGCGAUGCCGCUGCUGCCCAAGGCGGCCAGCGGGCUGCCGCCGCAGUGCGGCAGCAGGCCACGACCCUGGCGAAUGAGCUCGCCGCCCUGGUGGAGUCGAGGACUACACACUUUACCUCGGCACUGGCGCGUUUUAUGUUUCAGAGGCUCUACUCUGGUUUGAUCUUCGAGCGAGAGCAGCUGAACGCUUUGGCCAACUUGAGUAUGCGCGCUCGAGCGGAAGGGCGCAGCAUCGUGUACUUACCUAGUCACAAGAGCCACAUUGACUACCUCGUGCUGCAGUUCGCGCUGUGGAACCUGGGCCUCGGUGCUCCUGCGAUCGCGGCGGGGGAGAACCUGAACCUUCCCUUCGUUGGCAGGUUGCUACGCCGCAAUGGUGCCUUCUAUAUCCGCAGGAGCUUCAGCGGCAAAGACAGUGAGCUGUAUACAGCAGUGGUUGCAGCGUACAUGGAGGGGCUCCUGCUGCGCGGGGCCAAUGUGAAGUUCUUCUCGGAGGGCGGCCGCAGCCGAAGUGGCAAGUUGUUGCAGCCAAAGAUUGGCUUGCUCGGCAUGGUGGUCGAUCCAAUCCUUGCUGGCCAUGUGGAGGAUGCGUAUGUGGUGCCUGUCUCCAUCUACUACGAUGGGGUGAUGGAGACAGAGAGCUACGUGAGGGAGCUGCUUGGGAAUGCCAAGCGCAAGGAGAGCCUCAUGGGCGUGCUGGGCCAGGGGAAGCAUCUACUCGCCAUGCCCCGGUCGCGCUAUGGAAACAUCCAUGUGCGCUUCGCUCCUGGAUUUAGUGCUCGAAGUUUCAUUGAGAACUAUGUGUCCCUUCAACAAGCAGCGGGUCAUAGAGCAAACUUCGAUCCUCAGAAAUCUGCGACUGAGAAGGGUGUUCUCUUGAAGGCAUUGGCGUACCACGUCCUGGAAGAGAUCAACCGUGUCUCGAGUGUGACACCCACUGCGUUGGUGGGUACCGUGCUCCUCUGCACGCUGGGGCGAGGGAUUGGCCGACGCGCUUUGAUCAACAAAGUGGAAUGGUUGCGUGGGGAGGUUGUGCGAUCUGGAGGACACAUGUCUCACUUCUACGACUUUCCUGGCGAGCUGACUGCGGAAGUGGUCGAUUCUGCGCUGGCUGUACUUGGAAACUUGGUCCAGACCUUCACAGGCCUGGUGGAGCCAGUCUACUGCGUGGCACCGGGGAUGAGCUUUGAGCUAUCCUACUACAGGAAUCUCUGCGUUCACGCUUUCAUCCACCAAGCCAUCGUCACGGCAGUUCUACAUCGUACUGUUCAGAAGAAUCCCACUGCGCGACAAGUUCAGCGAGUGGACUUGAUGUCGGAUGUGCGAUUUCUUAGUCGACUUCUCAAGCGUGAGUUUGUGUUUUCCGGCGCAGCGGUUCCGGGAGAUGCGUCGCGGCAUGUAUCGCAAAAACCAGUGUCCAGUGAUGAUGGACAUGACAUUACCACUGCACUGAUGCGGAACUUUGAGUCUGCGCUUGAACUCUUGGUGUCAGAGGGUGUGCUGGACGUGCACGAAGGCAGCACGAUUUCUUUGGAGCAGUACUGCAAAGCGCAGGAGCUGGGUGGCUACGAUCACUGGAACAAGCACUUCACAUUUCUAUGCUCGCUUGUGUGGCCCCUCAUUGAAUCCUACUGGCUAGUUCUGGCAUCUCUGCUCUACAUCUUCCGGCACGGCCUGGUGAUCACGGGGGAGAAGCGUGCCGUGGUGUGUAUGCAGACCUUCGCAAAGACCUUGGUGCAGAUGGGGCACGUCACCUAUGAUGAGGCGGCCUCAGCGGAGCCGUUGAAGAAAGCCCUGCAGACCUACAACGAGCUGGGGAUUGUGCGCUGGGCCCGAAGAAUCGGCGACCAGGGUGAGAAGCUGGAGGUUCUGGAGUUGGAGCCGGAGUACCGAGGGACCGGAGAUGAGAAGUUCCGGGAGCUGAUCCAGCUCACCAAUGAGGUCGCCUCAUAUCGGAGAUGCUGGCGCGAACAGGAGGGUCCGGAAGAUUAUCCAGAGUAUAUUGCCAGAAUGGCCUUCGGCGCGUCGAAGCAGGCCCGGUGGCUGGCGCCGGCCUGCCUCCUGGCAGCCCUGGUCAUGGAGAAGCUACUGGACGUGGACAAGAUGCUGGCCGAGCACAUCCCGUAUCGCAUGGGCUGGAAGCGCACAGAGGUGUCCAAUCACGGCAACUUCAAGCCGGCGCUUCAGCGUGUGGCUUUGGGCGACCGGAAGACGAGGUCCAUGAUGAUCACAGGUCUCCAGCAGAUUGCUGGUUCCCGGGCAGGCGAUCUCGAUGAGUGCUUCCGUUUCGUGGAGUUCGAGCUGGGCGGGCUCAAGUUCCUGACCAAGGCUCGAGCUUUUGCUCAGCAAGGUGGCAAAAACGUGGAUGUGAACCACAAGAACUUCUACUAUCAGGAUGAGGUCAAAGCAUUGUCCACCUACUUCAAAAUGCUUCUGGGCAAGGCUGACAAGAACGUCUUGGUGCUGCAGCGAAGUGGAAAGCUUCACCAGGUUGUGGAGAGCACUCCGGAGAGCAUCCUCGAGAAGCAGCCCAUGAUCAAAGAAGCUGCUGCACGACGUUUUGGACGUCUCGUGGAACUCCUCAAGAAGGUCCAGAAGGAAGUGGACUCUGCCGAUGAUGGCCCCUGGGUGCUCCAAUGGCAAGCUGGGCAGUUGAUCCUGGGGAAGUUUGAACUGGUCCCCUCCAUGGAGGAAGCGGUACCAGCUUGAGAAGUGAGCGCAUUGGACAAGCGCGGGUGAAAGGCAAAUUGCCUUUCACCUGUUGAGAGAUCUCGCAGCCUUUCAUGCUGCCAUUCUCG